UGUUUUACCUUUGCAAUUCCAUCAAUAAUUGCCAUGAAUCUCACACACACGGCGAAGUACAAGUCCGUUCAACAAAGUGACGACGAAGAUUCUGAUUCACUGCCGAUUCCCGAAUCCCGAAUCCCUACCUGGUUGUACAUAGGAUGGGGUUUGGCCUUCGCUUUUGCGCUCAGCACCGCGUAUCUCUUCAUUCGCUUGUUGAAUACGACACAUCUGGAAGUUACAGCCAACAACGGAUCCCAUAGUAAUGGUUUCAUGACAGAAUUCCCCAUCGCCAAGCCGUACAUUCGCGAGAAAUUAACCAUGUUCUGGGGCGGACCACGAUGGUACGACAACGGCACUGCCUACAAGCUCCAUAAUCCCGACGAGCCAAUGUACGUUGGACCACCAAGUGACGAGAUUGACGCUGCAUGGGAAGAAUUACUCAAAGGUCGAUAUAUGCAAGUGUCGGAAGAGGAGGCGGAGCUUACUUUCGGCAAGCCCCAUGGACUGCAUCAUCACGAGAAUGGUGUAGGAUAUCUCGUUGGUCUUGACGGGCUUCACACCCUACAUUGUGUGGAUCAGCUCAGAAGAGCGCUCGAUCGCGACUAUUACUUUGGUAAAAAGACAGUGAUGGCAUUUCCAGACAGAGGCCACCGAGACCAUUGUCUAGAUCACAUCAGGCAGCAACUGAUGUGCCACGCUGAUCUAACACCGGUACCAGUCAUCUGGUAUCCGGGUUAUGGCCGAAGCUUUGUGCAAUCAGAUGUUUACCACACUUGCCGUGAUUGGAAUGCUAUCAGGGAGUUUGUCUCGUCCAGGCCUAUGACACAUGUUUGAUUUACUGUGCUACAUGGCAGAAAUAAUAUGGCUAAUUAAUAUUUGGUAUGGCCGCCCUCAGCGUCUAUCACAGCUUGGCACCUAUCGCCUAUCUUAGCUACUAGAUUACCUAGAUAUUCUGGAGUAAUCUGCUCCUAAGCGUCUGUAACGAUUGUCCGCAGCUGAUCGUACGAUCGUUGCUACCUAUUUAGUAGAUCUUUGUGGUGUUAAGCAAUCUAAUCCUUUAUCUUAUUCUACACCUCUUUAAUAGGAUUUAAGUCUAGACUAAACGCUGGCUACGUUAACGUCGGCAAGUAUCGUAAUAUGAUUUCGUUCUUAGUUGCUCCUGCAGAAU